AAAAAACCAAGUUAGGUUAAAAAAUAUAUUAAAGAUUGACAUCGGAGGGGAAGAGAAUGAGAGCGGAAGGAACAGUGUUGCCUCUAUCCAACGAUUUGGGACACAACCUCUCACUCUUGGUGAUUUGAGUUCAAGCAUCAUUCAGAAAUGCUUCUGGACAAGAAUGCUAUUCAGGAAACUCAUUAUGAGGUUCUCAAUGUCAAGGAAGAUGCAAAUUAUGAAGAAAUUCGCACAAGUUACCGUAGUGCUGUACUCAGUUUACAUCCUGAUAAGCUAUUGAAGACGUCCGAGACAUCCAGCAGUAAUCAAACAGCUGGGGAGAGAUUUCUCAGAGUACAGAAGGCAUGGGAAAUUCUGAGUAAUUCAAGCUCCCGUUCAUUUUACGAUAAUGAGCUGCGAAGUUCGAGGCAGGAUGUCUUGGCUGCCGAAGUUGCUGAUGUUGCUGAAGAUUUGAGCCUACAGGAUAUGAUGAUUGAAGAUGCUGGAGAAGCAUUGGAACUGUUUUAUCAAUGCCGAUGUGGAGAUUACUUCUCUGUAGACUCGUUGGAAUUGAAGAACAUGGGAUAUUCCUUGUUGAGGGAGGGAAGUAGGAUAUCUAUACUGAAUGUUGACACUUUACCAGGAUCAGUGAUUCUUCCAUGUGGAUCUUGUUCGUUAAAAGCUCGUCUGCUAAUCAAUGUGGAUGACAAUUGAAUUUAUUACCAUUUUUUUGUAUGAACAAUGACCAUUGAGAGUAUUAAUUGUUUUUUAUGAAGAUAGAUAGCAUUUACAGCUGCCUGUCAUUGGGAAAAAUCUCCCUGGGCAGAAAUUUGAGAAUUGUCAUUUUCAAUAUUGAAUUCGGAAUGCGGUGA